CUCGUGCACAAGUUCGCUUUUUCGUCUAUUUCAAUCCAUGCAGAUGAUCAGUGCCGAAUUCCGCCAUGGCAUAAAUAUAGUGAGCUGUAUGCAAAGUAGAUACCUUCGCUCAGCUGUCACCUUGCUGCCAAGUUACCGGUUGUACAUGACAAUGGCUUUAGCUGUGAGUGGCCUGAAAAGCACAGAUUUAAAAUGGCAAAGUUUCUUAAAGUAAUGGAAUGGAUCAUCAAAGACAAUCUAUCAGGGUCUGUCAAAAUCUUUCAACCAAUGGAACCACCUUAUGAAGUUGUUACACGUGUUCACAACUGUGACUAUGUAGAUGGUUUUAUCUCAGGAAGCAUUCCUCCAAAAGAAAUGAGGAAAACUGGCUUUCACUGGUCAGAGGGCCUUGUGAGAAGAUGUUUACUUGAAGUAGGUGGCACCAUGCUUGCUGCCAGGCUAGCAAUGGAGUAUGGACUAGCAUGCAGUACUGCAGGUGGAACACACCAUGCUUUUCCCAGCCAUGGUUCAGGUUUCUGCAUGUUGAAUGAUCUUGCUGUCGCUGCUAAGGACAUGAUUGAUAGUCAAGUUGUAGAUAAAAUCCUCAUUGUUGACCUGGAUGUUCACCAGGGAGACGGCACAGCCUUUAUCUUCAAAGACAAUGAUUGCAUAUUUACAUUUUCCAUGCACUGCGAGAAAAACUUUCCACUCAGGAAACAACAAAGUGAUUUAGAUGUUGGUUUAGACUGUGGCUUGAAUGAUGAGCAGUAUCUGAGGGUGGUAAUGGAUUAUUUACCAUGGCUCAUGGACACUUUUAAACCUGAUCUGAUACUGUAUGAUGCUGGAGUGGACCCACAUCAAGAUGAUGUGCUUGGUAAACUGUGUCUCACAGAUCAAGGGUUGUUGGAUCGUGACGUAGCCGUAAUAGAAAUGGCUCUUAACAGAGGGAUCCCAUGUGCGACUGUCAUUGGUGGAGGGUAUGAUGACGACAUAGAAGUUCUUGGAAGGCGUCACUCAAUCAUUCAUAGAGCAGCAGUCAAGGUUUGGAACGACAAGAAACCCUAAACAGAACGAAAAAGACCAUGUCAAGUUGCUCUCAGUCGAAGAAAGCAAUAUCCAAAUGGAUUCCUUAACCUCCGGGUACAACUCAGCCAGGAAUGGGGCCAGUAA